ACCGCACCUUCUAUGGACAUCCCUUCAUCUCCACCUUGGCACACGCUCAGAAUUCCUGCUGCCUCGCAACUGCCUGCGAGCACCAUCGCUCGCCUUGUACUGGCCCCGAUCGCGCGUGCCUCGCUACUGCAGUCCCCCUAGCCCUCGCCUUCACCUUUCGUGCCUUCCGUUUCAACCGCCAAAGCGCCAUGUCUGGUCCGGGUGGUGACUCGUCGGACUCGGCCCCGUCGGGAGCGAGACCAGUCGCCCUCCGCGCUAGGUCAUCAUCUUCAGCCAACCAAGACGCUCCAUUUGGUCUGGCGCGAUCACCCGUGAUCCCAAACAUUCCGCCCAGAGGAGAGGCGAGCAAUGUUCAAUCUCCUCGUCUCGGUGCGACGGAGCUUACCAACCCGAUCGAAUCCGAGUCAGGCGUGACUGUCAGAGGAGGCAGAGCUAGCUCGAGCGUGCACGGAUCCAGACCCAACAGCACCGCAGUGUCGGAAAACGAGACAACACCGGUCAACCUUGCCGACUUGGAUAGCUUGCCCAUCAGCGAUGAGCAAAAAGCAAAGAUCAUCGAUCGCCAUCUCGUCCGUCCCGAUGCCUCGGGUUUCCCGCGUAUCGAUACAAAUACUACCGAUGCCUCAGCUGCGUCAGAUGCAGCGGGCCCAUCGCAUCAGGUACGCUUUCCUGGUUACUCGUCGGGAGAUGAAACGGAUACGGAAGAGUAUUUGGGUCCGGCGACGAUGCAAGGAGGCGCAAUCACGGACGACGUGUACAGGUGGGCGCACAAGAAUCGCAGACAGAGCGCAAAGAGGACGAGGAGCGAGAGCCUGCACCUGCCUCGCACCUCCACCAUCGAUCCUGAUUUGGACGCUUCGGCGAUCCGAGAGCCCGGCGGUUUCCGCCGCUUCUUCGUGCUGACACAAGCUGGGGAGCAGGGUCGCCCGCCCCCGCGCGCUCUGAGGUCAUUCAUCGAUUUCCUGGCACUCUAUGGUCACUACGGAGGAGAAGACUUGGAGGACAUCGAUGAAGAAGACGACGACGAUGGCGAUGAACUCGACGAUGAACAGCUACGAGCAGAGGAGGCCAGGGAGCUCGGUCGGCCAAGUGGAAGCCAUGGAGAGCCGACCGAGCGCACCGCUCUGCUAACGAGAAGAGCGUCUCGACGAGCUCUGCAAAGAUCGAACAGUCGCAUUCGCCGGGGUUCUGAAGGUGGACGCCCGCGAGGGGAAGCUACAGAGACGGAAGCGGUGCUCAUGCUGCUCAAGUCCUUCGUCGGCACAGGAAUCCUCUUCCUGGGGAAGGCCUUCAUGAAUGGCGGGCUCUUAUUCUCGACCAUCGUCCUGUGCGCAGUGGCCAUGAUCUCGCUGGUCUCCUUCCUGCUCCUCGUCAAGGCCAACCUGAAGUACCCAGCUUCUUUCGGAGAUAUGGGAGGCAUCCUCUAUGGGCCCAAGAUGAGGUUGGCCAUCCUAACGUCCAUCGUUUUCUCGCAAUUUGGCUUUGUCGCAGCAUACACCGUCUUUGUGGCGCAGAACUUGCAAGCCUUCGUCUUGGCAGUCACCCACUGCCGCACACUUGUGCCGACAGUCUGGCUGAUCUUGGCGCAAGCUUUGAUCUUUUUGCCUCUCAGUCUUGUGCGACGCAUUGCCAAGCUGAGCUCAACAGCCCUCGUCGCAGACGUCUUUAUCCUCUUCGGCAUCAUUUAUCUCUUCAAGUACGAGAUCACUGAGCUCGUCGAGAAGGGCGUUGCGGAUGUCGUCCAGUUCAACUCUUCGACCUUUUCUCUCUUCAUCGGCACCGCAGUGUUUACCUUUGAAGGAGUCGGUCUCGUAAUUCCCAUCACGGAGAGCAUGAAGGAGCCAGAGAAAUUCCCUCGCGCAUUGUCUGGUGUCAUGGCUGGUACAAUGGUGCUCUUUACCGCCUCUGGUGCUCUUUCCUACAUGGCGUUUGGCAGCAAGGUUCAGACUGUCGUCAUUACCAACUUGCCGCAGAACAGCAAGUUCGUGCAAGCGAUGCAAUUCUUGUACUCGGUCGCCAUUCUCCUCUCGACGCCCCUCCAGCUGUUCCCCGCCGUCUCGAUUUUGGAGCGAGGCAUCUUCACGGCCAAAAGUGGCAAGUACAACUGGAAGAUCAAAUUCUGGAAGAACGUCUUUAGAUGCAGCACCGUCGUCCUCUGUAGCUUUGCAGCCUGGGCAGGCUCCGCGUCACUUGACGUCUUUGUCUCGUUUAUCGGCAGCGUUGCAUGUGUGCCAUUGUGUUUCAUUUAUCCGCCGCUGCUUCACCUUCGAGCGUGCGCCACGUCUAGGAAGGACAAGAUCCUCGACUACGCUAUUCUCGCUUUUGGUAUAGCUUGCACGCUCUUUGCUGGGUCACAGACCGUCUACACCCUCAUCAACCCAAGCUCGCCUCCUGAUCAACCAGUCUGUACCCCUCCAUAAGUGCUCAUAGGCAAGGUGCAGUCAGUUCAUCGAUUUGUACAGAAGCAAGCGCUCAGAAAAAAGUCAUUGAUAAAUAAGAAUGCGU